UUGUCACGUCAAAGUUUAAAAAUGUAUUUUCGUUUUCUUUUUCUUUUAAAAACUAAAAAUAUGAGUUAAAAGUUCUAAUGAAAUAAGAUUUCUUUAUUAUUUUUAUUUAGAUGCAAAAAUAAACAUUGUUUUUAAAUGUUAGAGUUAUCUUGAGUUAUGUCUAGAAUAAGGGGUAUAGAAGCUAAGUUGAUAAAAAUUCAAAAAGAUAGGUUACCAGAUUUGGACUCUCGUAGUAAUAAGUAUGUUGAAAUCAAGAAGAAGAACGAGGAAUCCUUUGAAUACAAAUCGGACGUGGAAAAUGACCAAAUAACUGAUUUGCUGCUUAAACUGCCCAAGCUCACCAAGAUUUUUGACGUUCACAAGAAAAUAGGUGAAGGCACAUUCAGUUCUGUAUACUUGGGUUCGCUAAAGCAGCAUGCAGCGUUGCCCGAUGUGCAAAAGCGCUGGUUCGCUAUCAAGCACCUAGUGCCCACUGCACAUCCAGCCAGGAUAGAACAUGAGCUGAGAUGUCUUCGGGAUAUGGGGGGAAAAGAUAAUGUGAUUGGUGUAGAAUUGUGCCUUCGUAAUUUAGAUACAAUAGUUUUUGUGAUGCCUUAUAUACCUCAUAGAAAAUUUUCUGAAUAUUUAGGAGACAUGGAUGCGGAGGAGGUGCGCCAAUACAUGUAUGCACUGCUAGUAGCAUUGAGACAUGUACACUCAUUUGGGGUAAUACAUAGAGAUGUCAAACCCAGCAACUUCCUUUAUGAUCGAGAAAACAGGAGGUACCUGUUGGUGGACUUCGGGCUGGCGCAGCGUGCAAGCUCGGAGCCACCGCCUGCUGCACUGGAAGCGCCACGCAAACGCCCGCGGGAACUGGAUGAGUGCACCAACGAUGCCAAGAGGAUGGCCCUGGACCUGUCGCUCGGGGCGCGCGGCGCUGCGGCGGCGCCCGUCGCGCCGCGCCGCCCCUUCCUGCCCAAAGUGCAGAUCCCCAAGCACAAUAUUCCGAAGGUGAACCCGGGCGCGUGCGGGUGCGCGGGCGCGGGCGGCGUGUGCACGGCCUGCGCCGCGCGUCCGGCCGCGCGCGCGCCCCGCGCCGGCACGCAGGGCUUCCGCCCGCCCGAGGUGCUGCUGAAGAGCCCGCGGCAGGGCACGCGCGUGGACACGUGGGCGGCGGGCGUGGUGCUGGCCAGCCUGCUGACGGCGCGCUACCCGUUCUUCCGCGCCGCCGACGACGUGUCCGCGCUGGCCGAGCUGGCCGACCUGCUGGGCACCGAGCCGCUGCGCCGCGCCGCGCACGCGCUAGGGCGCCGCAUCGUGACGUCGUCGCGGCGCCGCGGCCUGUGCCUGCGCAAGCUGGCGGCGCGCCUGCGCGGCCCCGCCCCGCCGCCCGCCCCGCCCCCCGCCCCGCCCCCCUGCGCGCACUGCCGCCUGCCCGCGCCGCACUGCCUGUGCCGCGACGACGCGCGCCCCGCGGAUGCGAUAGACGCCGCGGCCACCGUAGCGGGGUUCCCCGACGCGGCCUUCGCCCUCGCGGCCAAACUGCUGGAGCCGCUGCCCGCCGAGCGCUACUCCGCGCAGCGCGCCCUCGACCACCCCUUCCUGGCCGCGCCCGCCCCCAGGAGCGGGGAGUAGGACUAGCUGGCUCUUUGAGCUCAGUGAGUAUGUUGCGACACGUAAGGAAAGGCUGACAGGACUUGACAAUUAAAGACGCAACGACGCGUAUAAUUGAAAGAUCCCAGUAUAAUUUACCAAUUUUUGAACUUAUAAUUUCUUAAUUCGUUACAUACGUGCAUACCAGUAACCGGCAACCGGCUCUUCUUGUUCGCGUAAACCUCGUCCUUGUUUUUGGCGAAGACUGUUUAGCCUAGGUCGGUAAUAUUACGAUACUACACUUCCAAUUUUUGUCACGUCCGACUGGCUGACCACUAUUUCACACUGACUUAUAUUAUUAUUUAUUACCGGCCCUAGUUGUUUUCAGACGUGACGAAAACAUCUUAGGGUCAAAUGAGCUCGUAUGACGCCAAACUAUGGCUGUGGCAGACACCGCUGACCGUGCAGUGAACACUUCUGCGUUGACGUAAGGUUGCCACCGACGUAAGGUUAUAAACGACCAAACGUAAUGAAUUCACAAUCCAUUCUUAUUUGUUGACUUGACACAAGCCACUUAAGCAUUAGAUAAAUGAAAAUCCCAUUCAAUAUUCACACCAUUUUACUACUUUAUUGUGUAUGUAUACUAUAUUACGUUUUGAUGGAACGUUACAUGCUGCGGCUGGAGUUUUCAGGUUUUUAUUUAUGUUAAACUGAAUUGUAAAGAUAUACAGGAUGGUUUCGUUAUAAAAUAAUUAGAGUAUUUCUUUUACACAGCCUUCAGGUACAUGUUCGAUGUUACAAAGGUUUUUAAAAAAAAACAAAUUAGAGAACAUCUGCUCUGAGGCUUGAAUAAGUUUACCAAUGUCAUAAAUUACUUUCAUGCGGCUUUGUACUAUUGAGAAGCACGUUAUUUUGUUGUGCCAAAAGCGGAGAAGCUGUGUGAAGCUUUUAGUCGAGCAUGUACCGACGUGUAGACCCAGCUUUUUGUAUGUUACUCUUUCGAACGUUUCGCAUCGUUUGUGGGCGAUGUACGUAUUUUGUUGGAGAUAUUGUUAAUUAGUUAUAAAGCGGAUCUCAGAGCUAAUUUAAGUUUCUAGUACAAAUUCGAUGGUCGCUUUGCGGAAUAGCACAAAUAAGGGUGAAUUCACACAAUUGUCAUCAAUUGAUUGGCAUUUAGCAGAUGUUUUUGGCACACUUAUUUGCAUCGAGUAAACUAACCUAACCGAGUGUAAAGUCGCUUAAGAGUAUUUAUUAUUGCUGCGAUAACAGAAUGUGGUCUCCUACCCCUCGGUCCCGAACCAUUCCAUAAGUUUGUUAGAUUGCUAUUUGCAGUUUCUGCUGUACACUUCGAACCUUCUCCGUAAAUAUAAAAUGCGGAUGUUAAACAGCCAUUUUUAAUAGAAAAAUGCGAAUCAAUGCUGAUAUGUGUGUUUUCACCCUUAGUCAUACUGUAAAACACCCUACGGUUAUUAUUUAUAGAACUUUCUUCUUAGUUUCACUUUGAUUUGUGUUUGACGAAUACUCUGUGGGCAAAUAGUUGAUUAUACCCAACUAUGGAUAUACAGGUGUCCCAAAACUUGACGAUAAAAUGGUACCAGCCGAGAGGCCAACUCAUACCAGUUCUGGGAAAAAUAAGGAAAAAAAUCCAUGUCACAUAGUUAAGUAGUAAUAGACAUUUAUCAAAAAAAUUAAAAAUACCCUUGAUCGCAUUUUUAAGUACCGUGGUUACAAAUUUCACAAUGAAAUGGCAAUGAUUUUUUAGUGACGUCAUCUUGUGUCUUAUGUCACUAUGUGACAUGGAUUUUUUUCCUUAUUUUUCCCAGAACUGGUAUGAGUUGGCCUCUCGGCUGGUACCAUUUUAUCGUCAAGUUUUGGGACACCCUGUAUAUUUGGUGCACAUAUAAUAUGAAACAUGUUGAGAAGAUAAAAGCAUAUAUAUAAGCCGUUGGGGCCACUUGUGAUAAAUUCCAAUACUACCCGUGCCUUAGGUAUGUGUUCACUAGACUUAGAAUAUUGUUACCUCAUUGUUUCUAUUCUCUUGAAAUAAAUGUUGCUUCCAACC